GUGGUGCUGCCAUUUUUUAUCUACUUCGUGUUUUAAUUUGUUUAAAAUUAUUUAUGUGAAUAAAUUCAUAUGCAUAUAAAUAAUUAAAAAAAACCCAACUUUCUAAAUUAUUAUCCGUCAUUAUUUCAAAAAUUAAUGGAGGCAUUUGUGUUGACCGAACUGCAUCAGCUGCAUUUAAAAUUUUGACAUUUGCCACAUUGACUUGUCCAAUUGCCAAUUGCUGGAGUGAAAAUAUUUAGAACGUGUAUUAAUUUCAUCAGCUUUUCCACAAAUUUUAAUCAAUUAUAAAGAUGACGGAUCAAGAAUUGCUGACACAAUUCCAGUCGCUCGGCAUGAGCGAACAAAAGGCUAAAGAAACACUAAAGAAUGCAAAUGUGACAAAAAAUCUGCAACUGGCACUAGCUGAAGUGAAAGGUGCUUCACUCGGCGAAGGUGUUGGCAUGUUGCUUUAUCACAUGGCUAGUAAAAUUAAGCCGCAAAUCGCUCAUGAAUUGCCAUUACUCACCCGAUACAUUGUUGACCGCAAAUUAGAUACCACUCUGAGAGUGGAGGCAGCACUUGAAUAUGUUUUGAAAAAUGUGCAAAAAAAAGGAGCAACUGUUAAUCUGAAAGAAUUUGAGGACUUUUGUGGUGUAGGUGUGGUUGUCACUCCGGAAGAGAUCGAGCGCGUAGUGCAAGCACAAAUAAAAACGUAUAAAGAUGCUCUGCUGGAACAGCGUUAUCACUUCAAUUCAUUUAAAAUUAUGCAAGAAGUACGUGCACAGCUAAAAUGGGCUAAUGCAAAGUCUGUCAAGGCCGCAAUAGAUGUAGAAAUUUUCGAUUUGCUUGGUCCAAAGACUGAAGACGAUUUGAAACCACCACCGAAAACUGAAAAGAAGAAAGAAAAAACAAAUACGUCCACAGUGACGAAGCCUAACAAUGGACAGACAUCGAAUGCGGCCAAUGCUAAUAGUGAAAACAGUGAUGGCGCGAAUACAAUUGCUGAAUUAAUGAAGACAAAAGUACAUUUUCAUGCACCCGGCGAAAAUUAUAAAACUGAUGGUUAUGUGGUAACUGAUCACACCGAACAACUUUUAAAAGAACAUCUAAGGCAGACAGGUGGCCGCGUACAAACUCGUUUUCCACCUGAACCAAACGGUAUUCUUCAUAUUGGCCACGCAAAAGCCAUUAAUAUCAAUUUCGGUUAUGCAGCUUCGCAAGGUGGUAUUUGCUAUCUACGUUACGAUGAUACAAAUCCAGAAAAAGAAGAAGAGAAAUUCUUUGUCGGCAUACGCGACAUGGUCGAAUGGCUGGGGUAUAAGCCUUACAAAGUGACCCACUCUUCAGACAACUUCCAACAACUCUACGAUUGGGCUGUUGUACUUAUACGCAAAGGUUUGGCGUAUGUGUGCCACCAAACGGCAGAUGAAAUGAAAGGUUUUAACCCAAAGCCUAGUUCAUGGCGUGAACGUCCUAUUGAAGAAUCAUUGCAGUUGUUUGAAGAUAUGAAAAAUGGAAAAAUUGAUGAAGGCGCAGCAACACUACGUUUAAAACUAACGCUAGAAGAGGGUAAAAUGGAUCCAGUGGCUUAUCGUAUUAAAUUUAUACCGCAUCACCGUACUGGCAAUGACUGGUGCAUUUAUCCUACGUAUGACUACACUCACUGCCUAUGUGAUUCCAUCGAAAAUAUUACUCAUUCACUUUGUACCAAGGAAUUCCAAUCACGACGUUCUUCUUAUUAUUGGCUGUGUAACGCACUGGAUAUAUAUUGUCCAGUUCAAUGGGAGUACGGACGCCUUAACAUGAACUACGCCCUUGUAUCAAAACGCAAAAUAGCUAAGCUCAUUACUGAACGUAUCGUAAAUGAUUGGGAUGAUCCACGUCUAUUCACCCUAACUGCACUACGUCGUCGUGGCUUUCCCGCGGAAGCGAUCAAUAACUUUUGUGCUCAAAUGGGCGUCACAGGCGCUCAGAUAUCAGUUGAUCCUAGUAUGCUGGAGGCCGCGGUGCGAGAUGUACUUAAUAUAAGUGCACCGCGCAGACUUGUGGUUCUGGAGCCACUUAAAAUAACUCUAACGAAUUUCCCACAUGAAAAGCCGGUCGAAAUAGAGGUACCGAACUUCCCGCAAAACCCUGAAUUAGGUAACCACAAGAUUGUGUUAGAUCGUGUAAUUUACAUAGAAAAAAGUGAUUUUAAGGAGGAAACGGAAAAGGGAUACCGUCGUCUGUCCUUAAAUCAAACUGUUGGGCUGAGACACGCCGGUUUGGUUAUAUCCGUUAAGGAGGUAAAGAGAGAUCCACAAACUGGAGCUGUGAUUGAACUUGUUUGCGAUUGCAAAUCUGCAGAACAAGUAGACAAACCGAAAGCUUUUAUACAAUGGGUUUCUCAGCCUAUUAAAUUGGAAGUAAGGCUCUACGAACUUCUCUUUAAACACAAAAACCCAGAAGACACUAAUGAAGUACCCGGUGGGUUCCUUUCUGACAUCAAUCAAGAUUCCUUGACCGUAGUGGAAGCAUACGCUGAUCGGGCAUUGUCCAACGUAAAGGUGUACGACAAUUUCCAAUUUGAACGAAUUGGAUUCUUCUCGGUGGAUCCUGAUACUGUUAAAGACCACAUUGUUUUCAAUCGCACAGUGGGAUUGAAGGAGGAUGCUGGCAAGAAAUGAUAAAUAAUGUUAAUAAACUGUCUUCAAUAAAAUCGUGAUGCUCACCAAAAAAUUAAGGGGCUUGAUAACUUAUAAAA